AUGCGAGGAAAAGUACAAGUUGGAUCAAAAGAAGAUGGAAGAUAUUACGGUAAUAGUAGCUAUUCCACUUUACUGUCCCCUGCACAGUACGGGGAUCGCAGCGUUGUUCGCCGUCUAGCUCCCUGUGCCGUGUACAGUGCCCUUAUUUCCUUGUUUAUUGCUGUCAAACAAACCUGUUCGGGCUCUGACGUCGAGGAUGGUUCCGAGGAUGAGGACGACCCUCAGAUGAUGCUCAAGCGAAAGCAGAGGCGCUCAAGGACGACUUUCACUGCCCAUCAGUUGGACGAACUCGAGAAGGCUUUCGAGAGGACACAGUAUCCUGACAUAUACACGCGUGAAGAAUUAGCGCAAAGAACUAAACUCACUGAGGCUCGGAUCCAGGUGUGGUUCAGCAACCGGCGGGCGAGGCUCAGGAAGCAGAUGGCGUCCGGAAGUAUCACAAAUUUCAACGCGAUGGGCCUCCCGAUGUCUUAUCCGUCGGCGCCGUCCUCGUACAUGUUCCAAGGCUUCUCCGACCACGGCUCCAGCUUCUCCUCGCAGUCACAAGGUGGGCGGCCACGGUGUUCACCCCAGCGGGCUGUACCAGGGGGGUACCGAGGCCUUCACCAGGGUGCCUUGGCGACGGAGGCGCGGGCGGCCAACAUGAGCGCCGCCGCCGCAGCCGCCGCCGCAUCUUCGUACCCGUCCAUGAGUGCCGCGCUUUCUUCGUGCACUAACUCUGCAUUUAUAUCUUCUCAAACGUCCGGCGGCAUGUGCGGCGCCCAGGGUACUGGCGGGGCAUCUUCAGGGUCAGUUCAACCCUCACUUCCGGCAACCCCGCAUCGUGGGCCUCUAAUCAGCUGCGUGGGGCUAUGGGCGGGCACGGAGGUUCCCCACCCACGGCCGCGGCCACCCUCACUCCCUCGUCCUUUACCCAUGGACUGGCCCAUCACGCCCGCACUCCCGCACAACACUUCCCUACGCCAGUCUAUUCUUGGUUGGAUUGACAAGGGUUAG